UAAAGAAAAGGCAUACAUUCAAGCCAGACAUAUCAUGGUUGUAAUAAUAUGUAACUUUUGAAAUGUCGCGGCAUAGAUAAAACUUUUAGAAUUGGACAUAAUAUCUUAAUGUUUUCAACAAUACGUCAAUAAGUGUAAUUUGUAAAUUUGUCAGUUGAAUGCAAAAUUUAUGGAAUAAUAAUUUGUUGUCAUUUAAACAGGAUUAGUUGUACUUUUAAUUUAUUUUAUUGAUUUUUGUUUUGUUUAAUGUGCAGUGUGCAGGAAAGUGACAUUAUAUAUUCAAUUGAAAAAGGUGGGAUUAGUGUAUGGCAAAAAUAAUAUUUUCAUAAAGGCUUGGAUUUUAUUUCCUUCAUCUGUAGCCAUGGAAACACUAAGAAGUCACAACCAGUAAUGACUGUCAAAGACACCUGUAUACAUGUCAGAAACAGAGGCAACAACUGUAAGGGGGAUUGCUGAUUUUUACCAUUUUGAAGGUGUUACAUCAGGUUCAUAAAGAAUGUUUUGUAUGUGUAGUAGAGUGAUGUAAGAUCAUGGCUGGUUGGCACAGUCUAUCAGGAUAUCUGCAGUACAAGUCUGGUAAUAAUGCAUUUGGAAGGUUGAUGACCAAGCGUAAAGUAUGGUGUAUACUUGAGGAGAGUAAAUGUCAACUUCUCCUCUACAAGAGUGAGCAGGAUGUGCACAAACAGAGACAGUCAUCAGGUCACAUUGAUGUUCAGGGGGCGGCAAUCUCACUUGAUCUGGAACAUCAGAACCAAUUUGUUAUUAUUAGUGAGAGAAAGGAGCAUGUGUUUACUGCCGAGAACCAUGAAUCUAUGAUGAUAUGGUUGCUAGGGCUACAAGCUAAGAGAGAUCUACACUCAAAGAAACUUAGCAGCACACAGUCCGGGAAUGAAGAGGAACAUUCAUUUAGUCCAACAGAACAGGAUUAUGAGAACUUAGUAAAUAAACCCAGCCUGUAUAUGACAUAUGAUCAACACCAUGAAAAUCUACAAUAUGACAGAAGCUGUAGGUCGUCCAUUAGUUUGACUCGCAAAGGGUUCCAUUGGGAGAAAUACGGAAGUCGCAAAACGGGCGAGUCUGUAGACUCUGGAAUAUCUGCUUAUAAAAAGAAUGAUGUGGACAAAAAUAGUAAUAAUAGGUCAAGAUCACUGCCACCUCUCAUUGAAGGAUUGGAAGCUUCGAGGAGUUUUCCACUGAACAAUUUUGCUGCACGAGAUCUCGUACACAGCAAGCAUCUGGCAAUGUCUCAUUCCCUACAGUCUAUUGAAAGUGACAGUGAUGAUGUGUUUGGACGAGAGAUUGAGUUUCAUCGUCAGAAAGGGCGUGUCCUUAGUCAGAACUGGAAGAAACUUCAGCAUGCUGUAUUAGGUCACGUGAUCCAAUCACGUAGAUUUCCCUCGGCAGCUUCCAGCGCUGACAGGCGCAGUGCUAGUUCCCGAUCUGCGUCGAGUGACUCGGCUAUUGAGAGAGGCGAGGGUACACCGCAGGAGUUAAUAUCUCGUUUAGGAGAACUUGAACGGGAACUGAUUUCUACAAAAUGUGAGCUUGCCAAAGUUAUGAACAGACAAACAAGUUACCAAGAAUUACUACUUCAGAAGGAUGACACAAUAAAAUAUCUCGAGGAACAAAACACUGAUACCUCUAAACAAGAUGACAAGAAAAAUAAAUCUCCAAGCAAGCUAAGGAAAGCGGACAAAGAAUUCCAGGAGAAGAUACGAGUUUUACAGAAUCAGAACAGAUUCCUGAAUGAAGAAGUGAAAAAACUUGCCAAGCUGAGGCUACAAGAGCAAGGCCACUAUCAGGAACAGAACAUGAAGCUGCAGUGUUUGGAAGCUGAGAUUGAGAAAUGGAAGAUGGACUAUGUUAGCUUGAUACAGUCCAGUAUCCGUUUCCCUGGUGACGAGGGAGUAGAAGAUGUGGAGUUGUGUUUAUAUGGUGGAGAUAAGCACAAGAAGAGAGUACAAACCUUGUUACAGGAAGCUAGAAAGAUAAAUCCUCGUCUACCCACAUAUGAAAGUUUGGCAAACAACGAAGUACAUGUGGAUGCCUAUGGUUUCAAGCAUGUUUACACAAACACGGGUCUCCUGCUACACUACCUGUGUACAGAGUUAACAUACCACUAUCUAGUGCAGGCCGGGGUGUACGAGGAACACCAGAAAAAAUGGACCAUGUUCAUGAGACAACAUGGAAAAGAUCCAAUGGCUUGUUUAACAGAGUUAAAGCCCCUAUGUAGAGGAGGAAUUCCAGACAGAUUUCGCAAACAGAUGUGGCGUCAACUGGUACAAUAUAGGAUGAAGAUUAUGUUGAAAGACAAGGGAGACCACUACUAUAGGAAUCUCUGUAACAUGCUGCCAGAGUCACCUCUUGCAGCUUGUUACAGGAAACAAGUGUCUCUGGACUUGAUGAGAACUAUGCCAUCCAAUAUCAAAUUCUCAUCACCAGGCAGUAAAGGGAUAAUGGAUUUACAAGAUGUACUUCUAGCAUUCUGUGUGCACAACCCUACUAUUGGUUAUUGUCAGGGAAUGAACUUUAUCGUUGGCAUGUCUCUCAUCUUCAUGGACCCUGAAGAUGCCUUCUGGACGUUGGUUGCUCUAGCAGAAAGUUAUUUUUCACCCCAUUACUUCGAUCACAGUCUGAUUGGGGCCCAGUCUGAUCAGCAGGUGUUGAAAGACAUGGUGAAAGACAAGUUACCUGCCCUUUUUCAUCAUCUAGAAGGAAUUGAUAUAGAGUUGUCUACCAUUACACUUAACUGGUUCCUGGCAGUCUUCUUUGAUGCAGUUCCUUUUCAGACCCUGUUGAGAAUAUGGGAUUGUUUUCUGUUGGAAGGUCCUAAAGUUUUAUUUCGAUUUUCUCUUGCCAUACUGAAACUGCAUGAGAAAGACAUUCUACAGAAGACAGAUACCAUGGGGAUCAUGAAACACCUGAAGGCAUGUGCUAAACUGACAUAUGAUGUGGAGGGAUUGGUUAAGCUUGCAUUUGAAGGUUUGAAACCUUUUCCGAAGCGUAAAGAUAUUCUGUCAAAGCAGACUUGUUACCUGAAUACCCUGAAAGAGAAAUACAAGAAGAAGGAAUUACAGAGACUGGCCUUCGCUGAGAGAGAACAGCUGUAUAUGAAUAUGGAGACAGAAUGUGGACCAUUUUUGGGCAUUGAAUGUGCUGUUGCUGCCUCAGAAGGAAAGGUGUGGUUUUGUUAUGGUGACCAGCAUAUAGGGAGGCUGUCUUAUGUGUCCUGUGAGCUGGGAACCAUGUGUAACACUGACUUCAAGCUUGAUUCCCGGCUGAUGUGCAUGUAUUUCAUGGGUCAAGAAGAGUUGUUACUGGGAACCAUCUCGUGGAUGUUGGUGUCCGUGGAUGUGAACAAACAUGAACAGAUCUGGCAGAUACAGUUACAUGAUGCUAUAUUGUCUGUGUGUUGCUAUGACGAUGAAGAUAUCAUGGCAACCAGAAUAUUCUCUGGUCUUGCAGAUGGUACAAUAGCUGUCACAGAGAAACCUUUCAGUAAAACAGAACCUAAUGUGGAUGUUAUAUAUGUAGCAAUUGGUCAAGCUCCUGUCACAUGUCUUAUGUUGCUAGGUGAUCAAGUAUGGUGUGCCAGUGGGAACACAGUGGCAGUGAUACAUGCAAAAACACUUGAUGCAAUGGACACAUUCUCUGUAUCAGUAAAUCCCUAUGAUCAUAUCCUAUCAUUGAUACCUAGUGAGUAUGGCAUCUGGAUCUCACUACGUGGUUCAUCCAUCCUUGAACUCUGGGACCCGCACACACUCAACUGUCGUAUGCUGUAUGAUACAAGAACUGACAGAUACCCGCAGCUUAGAAAGGAGGAUGAUACAUAUUUCAAUCGAGCCCGCAUCACCUCCAUGUUAGCCAAUGGCAGCAAAGUAUGGGUUGGUACAGGGGAGGGAAAUCUGAUGGUGUAUGAGAUCCUCGAGUCAGCACAGUUAAAGACACCAACAGAGUUGUCUCCCUCAGUGGAAACCUCAUCAAGCAUGUCUUACAUAGCAAGACCUGAAAAACAAAAAGAUAUUCCUAGCUGUGAACUUGCAUCAAAAUUGAGGAAAGUUUACCAUCUUCAUGAGAUAAAUGCAGAUUCUACUGAAGAUUGCAGACAGUCAGUGCCUGGAGAGCAUAGAGUGAAACUGGGCAGUGUAAAACCAAAGGAUGGUAGGACUAGAGUAGACAGUUCUGUCUCAUCAAGUGGAGUGAAUAAAAGGGGAAAUAGGUUGAAAGUACGGAGGCGAAGCUCUUCAGAAAACGACCUUGACAUUCUAUAUUUAACUCAUUAUCAGGAAGAUACAGAAAGGCUGAAUGCUGCACACAGUCGACAUUGUUCAGAAAACAAUUUAGAGCUUUUGGAAAAGGAAAGACAUAUUAGUUCAUGUGACUCAGAUUUUAUGCUCGAUCACGUUCUUGAAGAUGAGAUGGAACAGGAACUGGAAGCAAAUGCUCGCAGGGAGAGUGUGCCAAUGCUGGUGAACGGGGACAUUGUAGAGUAUGUAAAACAUAAAAUAUUGGAAAAGAGAUUGAGUGAAAAAAGGAUUGGAUGUAACAGACAAAAUAGUGAGAAAAGAGCUAUGGAACAAAAUGGAGGUAUUUCUGAUGUUGCUCUUAGACAAGUCACCUCAGACUCUAGUAGAAGUGAUGAAACUGGCUGUGAUUCCAAAACAUUGUCAAGGAAAAGCCGAACGAGUACAUCAUCUGCACAUUCAAACACAACUAAAAGUGGAAGCUGUAGUUCUUUAACCAAUAAAAUAGCAGAACCCGCUGAAGCUGUUAGUGAAGACGAUGAGUAUGAAGCUGAGCUAGAAGCUAGAGCAAGAAGAGAAAGUCUGGUAAAUACAGAAAUUGAACAAAAAGCCUUAGAGAUAUUGGAAAGCAAGAUUGUUGAUGAAGGUCCAGAAAUUAAAGAUUAUAGAGAUAAAGUACAUGAUGGUGAAAUAGUAAAGAUUUGUCUUGAUGCAGUUGUAGAUCAUAUUAAUGAAGAAAGGAUGGAAAAAAUAGCAAGACGAAACAGUUUACUUGGAAUAGAUGAUGAUCAUUUUGAUGAUAGUUACCUAUCUAGUAGCCCAUCAAUGUCAUUAACGCCUUGUCAUUCCCCUUAUCUGGAAGACAACAUGGAUGUUUCAGCAGAUUUGCCAGCUGCUGAUCAUGUCAAUGAAGAAGAGAUAAAAGAAGACAAGCCAAGAACGACAGCUCUUGGUAUGUCUAUAGACAGCACAGACGACAAUGCUACAGGUGAGAAUGUCUUGAUGGAAUCUGUUGAGGAAUCACCUGAACCUGUGGAAAACAUUGAGGUUGUAACAGCAGGUGAGGAAAUGCUUGGAAAGAGGAGAAGAUCAAGUGUGUUAGAAGAUAUCAGUAUUUUGUGUUCAGACUGUAGAAUAAUGAAACAGAAAUGCAGUGAAUGUGCAAAGUUAUUGAAGAGUCAGGAAUCGUUGAAGAUAAAUGAGAGAAGACUGUCUAGAACAGACUCAGCUGAUAGUGGUUUGGUUGGGAGUUUCACCAGUGAGAAAAAAUCUUUGACAAAGAAUGCUGGAAAAUUGAAUGGUAUCAGAGAUAUGAGUCAGGAAAGUAGCACUGGAGAAUGGUUUUGUUCUAAUGAGAACAAAGAAAAUGCUAGUCAUAAAGUUUUGUGCAAUACAGAUAAUGCAGUUGAAAGCAUGCAACUGAGGACUGACUUGAAAAUGGAAAAAAAUAAACAAGGAAGUGAUACUGAUUUGGAUGAAGAACAAGUGAAUGAUGAUAAUGAGAAUGCAAAUAAUGAAAGUAGACAGGUGAAAGUUUUUCCAAGUGGGAAGUCUGAUAAAAGGGACUUUACUAGACAGGAAAAAGUUGGUUACUGGCUACAUUCACUGUCACAAACAAAGAAAAUGGAUAAUGAAGGAAUGAGGUUAGAAAGUCAAAGUCAUGACACAAGUAAUAUAAACCAAGAAAGAGGCAAAAUGAAUAAAGAAAAUGUUGCAAGUGUUAGAGAUGGAAGUAGAGCCUCAUUUGAAAACUACAGAAAGUCAUCGAAAGGCUCAGUUGGAGAUGAGGAGGUGUUUUACAGUGCUGAUGAAUCUCCUAAACAUGUCACUGGAAAAACGAGCCCAGAGAGGCCGGGGACUUUAAAUUUAUUAAGACAAGUAACAGCAGGAAUCAGGGGAAGCAAUAAGUCACAAAAUGCACGGCCAUGUAGUCGAUUAGAAUCAGGUGGUUCAGAUGGUAGUUCAGGGAGGACACAAAAAUCUACUUCAGAAAUUCAUGUGAGCAAACAUGAUUCAGAUACACAAUACCGGCUUGAUUUUACAAGUCUACAUGUAGAUACAGAUGUUGAGUCAGAGAGCAAUGUACCAAACAUUUAUGUACUAGGUGAGGACAGUCUCCAGAAAUGUGCACGUCGCGGUAGCGGCGACUCAAGGAAACAGUCACUAGAUCUCGGCUCAAUUCAGGAAAACUGUUCCUGGUUGGAAUCUGAAUGUAAACAGAAUGAAAAUAGUGAAAACACAAAUAUUACGACUGGUCAAACAGAAAGACAGAAAAUUUUUGAGUUUCUUAAGACACCAAGCCUUGCAAGUCGUCACGCUUCACUUGGCCUGAAGAUAAUUGAAGAUGAUUUAGAAUGGACAGAUUUGUUCAGUGGACACUGCACAACACCUUCACCAACAAGUACAACAGAUCAACGCCUUGCAGACUUCCUACGCACACCCAGCAUUAGCAGUAAACCAAGUUCUAUCUGGUCAAGCUAUGAGAAUAUUUCCACACCUUCGCAUGUAGAGGAUUCAAAGUUCCUGAGACCCAUGCCACAACACAGAGGAAGACUGAGUCAUAGUCCUAGCACAGCUUCUAUGGGUAGUGACAACGAUCUGUUAUACAAUGUUGAUCUCAACCUGGAGGCAAAGAUGAAAAUCUCCGACAAACCGGUGAAGUGUCUUCUAUCUACAGUGUGUAACCAGGAACCAAUCAUUCUCAGUUUCUCAGGGUCGUUUGGUGAUGAUGAAGCAGUGUUGAAAUGGAAGAAGCUGGAAAAUGAGCAACUAUGGACAAAUGAACCGGUACUGGAGCUAUGUCCUAAGACCAACACGGCCAUACUACCAAGCUAUAUGAGGCGACGCAUGUCGAGUAACACUUCCAGUCACUGUAGUGGUGGUAGUAGAAACAACAUAGAAUAAACAACAAAUGUAUCUUCCUAUAACUGACUCAUUAAAGGACUCUUAACUUCUCUCAGUCAGAUCUGGAACAAGCAAACGAGUGUGUGAGAUUUGAAAACAAGACAGCACAUUUGAAUCAGAUUUGAAAAUAAGGAAGACACAUGAAUCAACUUUGAAAAUGAUGAAAGACACAUGAAUCAACUUUGAAAAUAAGGAAGACACAUAAAUCAACUCUGAAAAUAAGGAAGACACAUGAAUCAACUUUGAAAAUAAGGAAGACACAUGAAUCAACUUUGAAAAUAAGGAAGACACAUGAAUCAACUUUGAAAAUAAGGAAGACACACAUGAACUUUGAAAAUAAAGAAGACACACAUGAAUCAACUUUGAAAAUAAGGAAGACACAUGAAUCAACUUUGAAAAUAAAAAGACACAUGAAUCAACUUUAAAAAUAAGGAAGACACAUGAAUCUAAGGAAGACACAUGAAUCAGCUUUGAAAAUAAGGAACAGAGAUGGUGAAUCUGAUAUAACAACAAGGAAAACUGAUGUGACGUAUGGAAUAAGAGACAGGUCACAUUUUACUGCCAGGAGCACACUAGUUUCACUUGACACCAGAAAACACUGAUUUUUGACUUAAUACUUACGUAAUAUUUAUGUCAGUCAUACCUUUUAUGUGAGACAUAGUGUUUGAUGUAUAUUUCUUGUAUAUUUGUGGCCAAGUGCUUCCAUUUCCAGGACAAUCAUGUUCUUGUGAUUUCCUUGUAGGUGCGUGAGGAUUACAUUUCCAUGACAAUUACAUUACCUUGUAGGUGCGUGACAAUUACAUUUCCAUGACAGUUACAUUACCUUGUAGGUAUGUGACAAUUACAUUUCCAUGACAAUUACAUUACCUUGUAGGUGUGUGACAGUUACAUUUCCAUGACAAUUACAUUACCCUGUAGGUGCAUGACAAUUACAUUUUCUUGUAGGAACAUGAGGAUUACAUUUCCUUUUAGGUGUAUGAAGAUUACAUUAACUUAGACAUGUUCAUUUUACUUGAAAAGGACAGGGAUAUCUUUAAAAAGCUAUUGAUUUUACAAAAUCAGAUUUUUUUAAAUGUAUACUGUAGAUUUGUUAAUGUUUGCAAGCCUCUUUUUCACUAAUAUUUGCAAACAAUAUUAUGGUGAAUUUAUAUCGUUAUGUAAAAAAUUGUAGCAAGUUACGAGUUUUAAAUUCACAACAAUCAUUAUUAGUAUUAUAGCAAUUUUUUUAAAGUGCAGAAUAAUACUGCUUCAAAAUUUAUCUAAUGUUAAGUAUAUAUCCUUUUAAAUCUUGGGUGUCUGUGCUCAAACACUGCUCUAUAAUAUGCUAUUAAUGUGUUAAUUCUCAAAUGUUUGCUUCAUGAUAUCUUUUCAUCAACAUGUUUUAAUUUAGCUGACUUGUCAGUCAGAUGUUAUGUAGUUAUUCUAUAUUUUUGCAGUGAUGCCAUUUUAAAUUUUGUCUGUAUUAUAUGUUGUCAGCCAAAGCCGUAUAUAUACAAAUGUUGACAUUGUGUGGGCUGAUGAGUUGUCAGUCAAAGAAGUACAGGUACUUAGCUUGACAAAGUGAGAGCUGACGAACUGUCAGCCAAAGACAUAAAUGCACUCAGUUUUACAUAAUGUGUGUUGGAGAGUUGACAGUCGAAGAAGCACAUGCACUAAGUCAGACUGAUCCAAGUCAACAUUUGAAACAACAUUUCCAUGCUAGUAUACAGACAUGUGCCAGUUUUUAUUUUCAUAGGGCAUGCAUGCAUAAACAUUGAUAAAAAUUCUUCUACAUAAAUUUGUCAGUUUUAUAAUUAUGCUUGAUUUUUUUUGCUUUCAUUGACUGAAGCUUUUACAUGCUAUUGCUUGUCUCGAAAACUGCGCUGUUGAGCCAUAAAAUUUCAUUGUUUAAAUUUCUAACACAUUUAAGGGCAUUUAAAUUGUUUUUAUGUAAUAUUUUUACUUUUGAAUUUUUUCUCUAUAAAUAAUUUCACCCACCUUUAAUUCUAUGCUGUUAUUUUGCAUUUCUUGUAUUUUUAUAGUGAAAGCUUUCUUUAUUAAAUUAUAUCGAGGCAAAUGUGGAUAAUUUAAUUGGUAUAAUGUCAAACUGUUAAUGAAUUAGAUGGUUGGAUCCAUUGGACAAGCAGUAAUGCUGGUGUCUUAUUAUCUCAAAGAUGGGUCAGUUGAAAUAUGCCACAGUUCUUAACCAAAUUAAUAAAAUGUGGGCACACCAAAGAAAUUUUGUACUUAAUUUUGUAAAUUUUCUAAUGUUUUAGCUCACAUUAAUUGACUAUUUUUGGUGAGCUAUUAGUGUAGGAUGGUCCUGCAUCUGUCAUCCAUUGUCUACAAUUUUACUGCUAACACACAUUAGAAGUCAGAUUUUAUCUGGGGCUGAUGAAACUUUUCAUGUCCAUCUAGUUUUAUUUUAAACUCAAUUGUUACUGAGAGUGUGGCACAACAUAUAUUCACAGUCAAUGGUCAAGCAAGGUCAGGUGAGCAGCUUAUGGCCCUCUUGUCUCAAAUUUAUUUCUGGUUAGUACCAGUAAAUGCUUGUUUGGAUGCCACAUUUUCAGAAGGGUUUUCGUUUGUCAUUUUCUUUGCACACUUUACAUAUAACAGUGCACCUUAUAUACCUAGUCAAAUGAUAUUGUUAACUAGUCUCCAGUACUUCAUAUUUACUCAUUUCUAAGAGUCUUUACUCUUUAGCAUUCAUUUUAUAUUCUGUGCAGAAAAUAUAUAUUGUAUGUGAUAUAAGAUUGACUUUCUUUUCAAAAUACAUUACAAUUGUUGUUUUUGUUUGAUCACCUAGGUAUCACUGUUUUAGACUCCUACAUUACUCUGAUGGCCCCAUGGAGUGAAAGCAGGUACUUUUUUAGCCCACCAUCAUCAGAUGGUGGGCUAUUCAAAUCACUCUGCGUCCGUGGUCCGUCGUCCUUCCGUCCGUCCGUCCAUCAUUCCGUCCGUCCUUCCGUUAACAAUUUCUCGUUAUCGCAUCUCCUCAGAAACUACCAGGGGGAUUUUGACCAAACUUUGUCAGAGUGAUGUAUUGGUACCCUAGUUGUGUCCCCCUGAAAAUCAGACUGAUUCAACAAUUUUUGAAUGAGUUAUGGCCCUUUGUUUAUUUCUAUAAUUUACAUAGAUUUAUAUAGGGAAAAACUUUGAAAAUAUUCUUGUCCAAAACCACAGAGCCUAGGGCUUUGAUAUUUGGUAUGAAGCAUCAUCUAGUGGUCCUCUACCAAGAUGAUUCAA